AUGGCUGAUUCUGUGGAUAGAGUCUUUGAUAAAGCCAUCACCAUUAUCCAGGCCCUUUCGUCCAGGCUGAAUUAUAAUUCAUUGCCCCGGCCUCCACUUGAGAGCCGAACUGCAUUAUAUGGAUUGUACAAGCAGGCAACAGAAGGAGAUGUGGAAGGAAUAAUUGCUCGGCCAAGUGGGUUUACGCCAGCCGAUGAGAAUGCCAAAAAGAAGUGGGACGCUUGGAAGAAACAGGAAGGUUUAGGAGUCACCGCUGCUAAACGGAAAUAUAUUGCCAAUUUGAUCGAUACGAUGCAAGUUUAUGCUACGGGAACCCACGAGGCUCGAGAAUUGUUAUCGGAAUUAGAGAAUCUUUGGGACCAGAUCAAAGACGUGCCAGAUAUUGAAAAUGACAACCAUCACCUACCGAGACUUUCCAGCCCAGUGAUUCUCAAUAAUAAUAAUAAUAAUAAUAAUAAUAAUAAUAAUAAUAAUAAUAAUAAUAAUAAUAAUAAUAAUAAUAAUAAUAAUAAUAAUAAUAAUAAUAAUAAUAAUGCCAAAGAAGGGGGGAUAAUUAGUCCCCUUGACUUCAUUAAUGAUCCUAGUAUCGGAGAAUCUGGUAAUUUGAUGGCAGGCUAUAAUGCGUUAUUGUACCAAGAGAUUUCCCGAGGCUCAUCGUCGAAUUUUCAACCUCAACAAUCAUCGAAAUUUAACCAUCCCCAAGAUAAUAAUAAUCGUACCGCCAAUAGGAGUGAUGUCGCCAGCUCACAGAACGGAUAUACUAAUGCGUUACUCCAGGAACUUUAUGAUAAGACCAAUAAUACCACUAAUGAAAUGUAUCUAAUGAAGAAAGAAAUCAAAUGGGCCAUUGAAAGUUUGCACCAAGAAAUCAAAUUCUUGAAACUUUCCACCCAUAGUGGUACCGCAUCACGCCACGAGGAUAUCUCAUUAAUAAACCCCGAAGCUAAUAAUAGUAAUAACAAUAAAAAUAAUAAUGACGAUGGUGAUGAUCAAGAUCAAGAUCCCCAUGAUCAAAAGUCACACAAUGAUAUCCAUAGCGUGAUCACUUCAGCUUAUAGGUAUCCUUUGUCACGGGCAGGAACCACAAAUGUCGUCCAACUACCGUAUAUCAACAAAUCAUACCUCAAACAUAAUAAUCAAACCACAUCGUUUAACGAUAUUAAUGAUCGAUACACUGCUACCAGGAACCUCGGGAGUAUAGAUUACCUUAUGUACGAUGAACCGCCCUCGCCCCCGGAACAUCCCAUGAAACAAGGGCUAAUAACAGUUCACCGAUGGUAUAUAACAAUAUUCCAAUGGUUGAAAACGUCAAAAAUGUCCAUUGGGUUAUGGUAUCGGUUGCGGGAGUUGGUGAAGAAACUAUUGAUAAAUGCGGCGAUUCUUUUGGUGUUGUAUCGAGUAUUGGGUAAGAAAGUCACCGUUUGGAAGAACGAUAAUGGAGAAAUCACAAUAAAGUGGAAAUAA